ACAGCGCUCGGCUCGUCUUGACAGCUCCCCAGGUUCCGUGCAACAAGCUUGGACGGAGCUUCCAGAGAAUCGGAUCACGUCUUGAGACAGAGAAGCAAGUAUCCUUCGAUAAGACAGACUUUGUGCUCUUUGGGAAGCAGUUCCCUCAUUGCCGAAAUGAGGGAACAAAACUGAUUAGAAGCGAAAAGCUUUCACGGCUGAUAUUUAAGUUGUGGAAUUGAUGGACGUUGUCAUUUUUUUAUUUCAGCCAUUAUAGACCAUUGCGCGAAGCUGACCAGAUAUGGUCUCGUUCCUGGAUUUAAGUGCUGUUUCACUACUACUAGUGUGGGGAUAUGUUGUCCUGGCGGACAUGGUCUUCACGAACUUUACUUUGGACAACGAGGUCCAUUCUAGUUUUAUUCACCGGCGUUUAAAGAACCAGGAGCGCCGAGAGAUGCAGAGAGAGAUUCUAUCCAUCCUGGGGCUACCACACCGACCACGGCCACAUCUCCACGGCAAACAGAAUGCAGCACCAAUGUUCAUGCUGGAUUUGUAUAACGCUAUGUCCACUGAAGGAGACGGAGUUGGCUAUUCCUACCCGUACAAGCCCAUCUUCACAACUCAAGGGCCACCAAUUGCGACUCUUCAGGACAACAACUUCCUUAACGACGCGGACAUGGUCAUGAGUUUUGUCAAUCUAGUGGAACAUGAUAAAGAGUUUUUGCCUGUGCGUCGCCACUACAAGGAAUUUCGAUUCGACCUAUCUAAGAUUCCAGAGGGUGAAGCUGUGACAGCAGCAGAGUUCCGGAUCUAUAAGGACUUUAUUUCAGAGCACUUUGACAAUGAGACUUUCCGGAUAAGUGUCUAUCAAGUGCUGGAAGAGCAUUUGGACAGGGAGUCAGACCUAUUUCUCCUGGACUCACGGGUGAUUUGGGCAGCAGAAGAGGGCUGGCUUGUGUUUGAUAUCACAGCCACGAGCAACCUCUGGGUCCUGAACCCAGGACGUAACCUGGGACUUCAGCUGGCUCUAGAGAGUGUGAAUGGUCAGAGUGUGAAUCCACGGGCGGCAGGGCUGAUAGGCCGCAGUGGCCCCCAGAAUAAACAACCCUUCAUGGUAGCCUUCUUCAAAGCCACAGAGGUCCAUAUUCGCAGCAUCCGUUCAGCUCAGGGUGGCAAACAGCGUAACCCCAACCGCUCCAAACCCACCAAGACCCAGGAGGCACUGCGCGUAGCCAACAUUGCAGAGAACAGCAGUGCUGAUCAGAAGCAGGCAUGUAAAAAGCAUGAGUUGUAUGUGAGCUUCAGAGACCUUGGUUGGCAGGACUGGAUCAUUGCUCCAGAAGGCUACGCAGCAUAUUACUGUAUGGGAGAAUGCGCCUUUCCUCUCAAUUCCUACAUGAACGCAACAAAUCAUGCCAUUGUGCAGACACUGGUUCACUUCAUUAGUCCGGAAACAGUACCUAAGCCUUGCUGUGCCCCAACACAACUCCAUGCCAUCUCCGUACUAUACUUUGAUGACAGCUCCAAUGUCAUUCUGAAGAAAUAUCGCAACAUGGUGGUUAGAGCUUGUGGUUGCCAUUAAACUCAAAACUCUCUUUCUCUCUCUCUUCCCUCCACACACACAUACAUGAAAAUACACAAAUACAUACAUAAACACAUUGACAUUCACUCACACAUUCACAGAUUCAGACAUGCUUACAUGCACACUAAAUGUCCAGAUGAAGAUUUGUGAUGAAUGGCCCUCUCUGGAUUUGUUUCUUAUCAACUCAUAAGAUGGAUAAAGCUCCCUUUUUCCAUUCUGUAUUUUUGAACUCUUGACAUAGUUAAGACAUAAUUGGAGCUCAUGGUUACAAUAGAAAUUUCAAGAAUGAUGGAACAGAUGUUUGUAAUAUAGAAGUAAAAUGCUCAAACACAAAUGUACACUAUGAAAUCAUGUGCACAUGUGCACUAUCUCUCUCUCUCUCUCUCUCUCUCUCUCUCUCUCUCUCUCUCUCUCUUUCUGUCUUACAUACACACAGACACACAUACACUUAUGUUCCUUGUGCUUUCUACUGUGUAAAUAGUUUUUCAUUGAAAGAAACAAAGUGUAUUUAUUUUCCAAGUAUUUGAACAUGGAGUCAAAACACAAGUCUGCUCUCCAAGUCUGUUCUUUUUUUAUUAUCCGGAUAAACACACAUAUAGUGAAGAAGAAAGAAUAGUUACAUGCACUCAAAAAGAGAUCAACUUCAAUGAUGAAAACAAUGAUGAAAACUUUUUUUAUUCAGGUUUUUUUUUGGAAGCAUGCAACAUUAAGAAUAAUGUCUUCUCAAUGUUUUCUUUAAAAAAGUUUGAGGCAUGCUUGGUGGAUGGUUUAAAGCCAAAAAUGUCAUUUAAGUAUUUUUGUAGAACUACUAAACAAAGCUCCAUCUAAAAAUUACAUUUUAGAGUUGAGAGCAGGCCUAAUUUAUAAUGGAAUUCUAUUCUGAUAAGACUGCAGUAACUGGAAGCAAAUUAUUUUUGAAGGACUCUCCUUUAAUUAACCUGAACAUAAAAACAGCUUAGGGUUCAGAACAC